AUGCCACGCGCGUCCUGGACAGCGAGCGAUGACCUGGCCAUCGAAGUGCAGGAUUUCCAAGCCCGUUAUACCCCUGGCGAGACUCUCCAAGGACAUGUAGUUCGGCGAAACCAUUCAGACUACAAGUCUCGUUCUGUCAACCUCAUAUUCUUCGGUAGGACCAAAACCAAGUUUACAUCUGGAGGAACGACGUAUCGCGCCGCUGUCGUAUUCUUCGAAUCAGUCUAUCGACUACACAGCACAACCAGAACUGGAGAGGCUUCCACGGACCUGGAUCAAGCAUGGCCGUUCCGGAUAACUAUACCAACUCAUCCCAUUCCGCGAGAUCCUGGUCGUCCAGAUCGUUCAGACAAGCUUGAGCCCGAACGAGGCUUCUUGAGCAACGAAGGAGACAUCAGUGGCGACACCUUGCCGGGUACAUUCUCGUGUCAGGACCAUUACAGCGACGACGAAUUUGUGGAAUACGUGCUGAGGGCAGAACUACGUUUUGCUGGGGAGGAUUCCAAGACUGAAUGCAUGCUACCACUGAACAUCCAGCCCCCGAGUACUCUGGUUCCCAUCCAUAAUUUCACUUCCACGGUUGCAAGGUCACGGCAUAACUUCAUCAAGAGCCCGAAAUGUCUGCCAGAAAAUGCUUCCAAGGACAUGGGCUUCCGAGACAGGCUCAAGGCUAAGAUGUCCAGUCGAACGCCCCAGUAUGCGUUCAAGUCCACAGUCAUUGUCCCAACAGUACUGCAGCUGCACCAUCCAGAUCCGUUCUCGUUCAAAAUCUACAUCACCCCUCGAUUUGGGAAAGAGAUGAGCAACUUUGGCGAAGGAGAUCCACAUGGUAUGCCACCGACCUUUUUCAAGUCGCUGAAGCUCAAGCUGGUCGGACGAGCUAGGUACAGGGCGCCCUCGAUGUUUACUGCGACCGCCGAUGAAACGAUGAUCGAGCACGACUUCAUUCUGCCACAAGAGCAGCAGGAGAUGCUCGUUCCCAUACUGACCUCUAUCCAACAACCCCCUGACUAUCGAAGCGCGACUGGAACUGAUCCAAACGAAGGACAGCCUCCGUGGUCGACUCUUCGCGCAUCAGCCGCGUGUGAAGUGGUUGACGAGUCCAAGGCGCUGGACAUUGGGCAUCUAUCCCGUCUCAAGCCACACAAGGUCAGACCUGCGUAUCCAUCGCCCAGCUUCAUGUCCUACAACAUCGCGCUGAGUUACUCACUGGACUUCAAGAUACACAUGCAGACGGUUGAUGAGCAUCACACCAUGGAGGGCUCGGUGCCUAUUACUCUGCUACCGCCAUCGGAGGAGACACAAGUCAUGGCGCGAUCAGAAAGAGCACAUCAUCAGCCGGAGAGGAACAAUGACAUAACGGAAUGGCAGCGGAUGACGGGCACACGGCCGGCGUUCAACAAGACACAGCGUCGCCAUCUCAACAAGCUGUUCGGAAUUGCGGAUGCGGACGAGAAGCAAUAG